AUGUCACGUAGACGAGCAUCUUCUCCCGACCUGAUCUAUCCUUCCAGACGAGUAAUGCGCUUCUGCGUGCUAUCCAUAUUUAUCGUUGCUGGAGUAUGGUUGUUCACCCUCGAAGCGGACUUGUCCCCGGAAUCUUUGGGUAACUCACAGUUGCUGAAAAGAGCGGUGUUGUCAAAUGAAGGGGAUGCAAGGGAACAUCCAAUUGAUGAGUAUGUGAAGAGUUUUCCAAAGGUUAGAAGUUGGAAAGAGACUGGUGUACCUACUUCGACGGGUAGGGAGGGGGAAAAUGGACUGGUCAUUGAGGAUGAUGAUAUUAUGGAGAUAGAGAUGGGUAUGGGGGAGGCGAAGGAGAGAGUACCAUUCGAUUGGCCAAGAGUCAGGAAAUUGUUUGUUUUUAAGGAUUACCGAAAAGAUGGUGUAGACUGGGGUCAUUUCCAGGAACUGCAUGGUAAAGCAACGGAUAUGAAAUGGCCUGAUUACCUCUAUGCGGUCUUUCACGAUUUCCACAUCCUGCAAUACUGGAAUUUGGCCAAAGUCGGAGCUACUAUACAUCAUUCCGUCUUACCCCCUGGUCUAGAGAGUUACGGUACCUUUGAAACACAGAUCAACGAUUUCGAAGACCUCUUUACACCUCUUCCGGGACCGAGACAGGUCGAGUGGCAUUCCAAUGAUACGCUCUUCAUCGUAGUCUUCGGUAUCAAUGAUAAUGGUCGACUGAACCGAGAUGAUCUACACGAAGGAGGAGGUUUGGAUAUACCAGCAACUACCAAAGCACUGGUCGAUUCCCUGAUCAGUCAAUCCAGGAGAUUACAUUCACUCGGUGCACGAAAUUUCCUAUUCAUGACCUUACCUCCUUUACACCUUUCACCAAAAUACAAAUUGCCAAGUCAAGUCGGAUACGACAUUCACGAGAGAGUUGAGUUGUCUGUGACUCACUUUAACGAUAAUCUGAGAUCGUCAGUGAAACAAUUUGAAGAUGAUGUGGGAGAUAGUAAUAUCAUGUUGUUUGAUUUAAACAAGUUCUGGAAAAUAUUAUUGGAUUAUCCAGAAUUGUUCGGCAUAACGGAUGUAUCAAGAUUUAGGAUGACCAUUGAUGGGAGAUUACCGAAUUUCGGUAGAAUGGGUUUAGCCUAUCACGAUAAUCAACAUGUCAGUUGGUCAAGUGCCGAACUCAUCGCCCGAUCAGUUAAUGGACUUUUAAUGCGAAGUUCCGCAUCAAUCCAAUUCUCGAAUGCUUCGCAGACAGAAUACACAGCUUAG